AUGGGAGCUGAAUUCAUUUUCAACAGGACUGAUGUGGACAUACAUCUGUGUUAUCAAUCAGAAAAUGUAUCCUGUAUAAUGGCAGUUAUCCCCUCAACAAUGCGUGUUUUGUUGUAUGUUUUCCUUGGCUCAUUAUCUGUUCUGACACUUUGUGGAAACCUUCUCAUAAUCAUCUCCAUCAUUUACUUCAAACAACUUCACACUCCAACUAACUACCUGAUUCUCUCUCUGGCUAUGUCUGACCUCCUUCUAGGGGCUUUAGUGUUGCCAUUCAUCAUAGCACUCUCUGUAGACUCUUGCUCAUAUCUUGGAGACUUAAUUUGUAACAUGGAACGCAGCCUUGAUGUUUCACUAAGCACAUCUUCUAUUCUGAACUUAAGUUUUAUUUCGAUUGACAGAUAUUUUGCAGUGUGUCAUCCUCUGAGGUAUGAAAGCAAAAUUAAUGUUCGUGCUGCUGUGAUGAUGAUCCUGGUCUGCUGGGGAGUUUCCGCUCUGGUUGGAAUUGGCAUGGUAGUUGUGGGGCUUAAUGAAGGAAAAUGUGAAGGGCGCUGUUUUGCAUUUAAUAUUCCAGUUUCAAGCAUCACUGGAUGUGUUCUCUCAUUUUACCUCCCAGUAGUCAUAAUACUCAUUACCUACCUAAAGAUUUUCCUGGUGGCACAGAAACAGGCACGCAGCAUCCAGAACUCAAACUGUCAGAGCAUAAAGUCUGGAUCGUCUGUCAGUAAGAGGGAGGGAAAAGCCACCAAAACUCUGGCUAUUGUUAUGGGAGCUUUUCUGAUCUGUUGGGCUCCUUUCUUUACUGCUUUGACCUUAAACCCGCUAAUUAAUUAUUCAAUUCCAAUAACUGUGAUGGAAAUACUGACUUUGCUUGGGUGGUCAAAUUCAGUGCUCAAUCCAUUUGUUUAUGCCUUCUUUUACAGAUGGUUCCGAGUGGCUUUCAGAAUGAUCAUUUCUGGUAAAAUAUUUGUAGGUGAUUUUGCAAACUCAAAACUGCUCUGA